AUGUCGAACAACAUCCUCGCGCCCGUCGAUGCGGUCCGUCUGAACAGGCAAGGCCUGACGCAGCCGGCCGAGCUGCACGGCUUCACACGGCUGCACAAGCGACGCCUGAACAGGUCGAGCGACGAAGAAUACAGCGAGCUCCCCCUCACUGGCCUGGGCGGAACGAGCGAUGCCUAUGUUACCGUACCAAGAAAGCUGAUCUCUUUGCCCACUCUGCUGUAUCUUGGCCUGGCGGAAGAGGUCGCGCAGGCGCUGUGGCAAGAGUGGGAAACGUGGCCGGCAACAGGCCCGCAGCGCGAACUUCUUUCCGACGAGGACGACGAGGACGAUGGACCAAGCAUCAGCAGUAGCAACAGAUUGGCCGGCGGCCUCCUCGUACCAUUUCUGGACUUUGUUCUGGGACGGGUCUUGCCCAGUACCGCACCGGAUGCUGACUUUGAGCACGAGGACGACGAGUGGAACAGCUGUCUCGAUGCGUAUGGGCUUAACGAGGAAACCAAGAAAGCCAUCAUGGACCCAAACUUCCGUUGCAUCCGAAUCGCCGAUACGUGCAAAAACUGGACCAAGGAUACGAUCGAGAUGCGCUGGCUGGGCCUCAACGAAAUACAAAAGACGUCGCGCCUUCGCCUUCACGAUACCGACGACACCGCCGGCACCCCUGUCGAUUCCCACUCCUCCAGAGGAGGACCGCGUCGCCAUGGGUCUGGCCCGUCUCGACCGGUGCCGAACGCCACGGCAAGCAACACUAGACAAGACAAGCGCCGCCGUCUCCAGUCCCACUCGGAAAUCCAACGAGAGAGCGAGCCGGGCAUAUCAACUCGACGCUGGCACAAACGCAGCUCGCGCGACGCGACAGAACCGCCUGGGUACCUCGUCUUAUACAAAGGCAUCGCCCAGUCCCGCAUGGCUGGCUUUUGGGCCGUCGACGAGGACGCCGACGAUGAAGACAGCCACGCUACCGGCCAGCACCGCGUGGAAAAGUUACUGAGCAGUCCCCCUACUAACUUCAGUGGGACCAGUUCUCUAUUCUACUUUGCUCCCGAUCCCAACGUUGCCGAGUACUAUGCCGGAUAUGCCAAGCGCCGGCACGACGCCGAAACCAUCCUCAUCGUGACAAUGAAAAUCAAGAGAGACGUGCUGGAGCGAUUGGAAGGCAGCGGCAGCGACAGCAAUGACAGUAGCACGACUGCGGGUCGAGUGGUCCGUCUCUACUACCCGUCGCCGCAAUGGAAACAACUUGUUUGGCGCUCCAAGACAGUCCGCCCGUUCCCCAAACCGCUGAGAAAGUACCGCGACGCCCUGCUCAUCAUCGGGUCGGCGUCCAAGGGCACAGAGCGCGUUUUCAACGCCAUGGCUUCGUGGGAGGAGAUUGGAAAUGAAUGCAUUUUCCACGUUCCAGAAGACAAUCCAAAUCCGGCCAUCCAGUAUGUCUUCAACGGAAACGACAGCGGCGCAGACUUUUUGCGCGACAAUGGCAUUUUUGAUGCAUUUGCAGUUGCAGAUGACAUUUUGCGCGCUGUUGGUGUUCAAGCGGAGUGA